CUUCACGAUGCCAAGGUGACCCAAAUUCCUUGAAACAACUAAGACUGUAAAAGAGACCCACAUUGGAACAUCAUGGAACCAGAUGGCAUGGACCAGACUGGAAGACUAGCUUCCUCCACAAACCGGUUUUCAGGUUUCACGUUGAUCUUCCAGGGCUUCAUUGAAUGCAAGAAGAGGUUGUUGCUUCUUGGUGUGGACACGCCAGUUGUUUUUUUCAAUCUUUGCCGUGUUUGCCCAAACUUAGUGUAUCCCUUUAUACAAAGCCUUUAACUCUAACUUGGCGGUCACAAUCGUCUGUCCGUCUGCAGGUGAAGCGAAACCCACGGGAGGCGACCUCCAAGCGCACCCGGGACAGCUGCUCAUCGGUCAGACAGCUGAAUUUCUCAGGACUCUCCGAUACUCCGUACUACCAGCCAAUGCUGCUGGGAGAAGGCUUCGGAGAGGAAAAGGAACACAUCAGCGGGCUGUUCGUGCCCGGCGUGGAUGACUCGAGGCCAAGCUCCCCCGCGGAGGAGCACACAGGCGGGCGCCCGGGUGCCACGCCCGGCACGCCAUAUGAAGGCCCCGUGGUGACCCAGCCAAACCGACGACCGGUGGAGCUGAAUCGCAAGGAGCCAGAAACUCAGACAGUGUUGCAACGGCAAAACUCAUCUGAUGAUGAAGUGACUUUCAUUGAGGAUGAUUCCAUGCCAACGCCGGCCAAAGCGCCGGCCAAAGUGCCAGCCCCGCGCCGGUCCAUGGGGCGCUCCUUUGGGGUCGAGCAGCCCCUCGCCGCACCUUCGCGAAGGGUGGCUCCACGCCAGCGCACUUCUUCGAGUCAGAGCGCGGGAGGUGAAAGCCAUAUGCCAAGGCCUCAAACGCCCCAGGCAAAGGAGGAAGGUGGACGGGCUGCAGAGGGUGUAGCGCCUGCACCAAAGGUGCCAUUAGAGGCACCUGUGCCGGUUGCAGCCCCGGCGCCAGUAGCAGAAGUGCCAACUUCAACACCACUUGCUGCCGCUGCGCCGCCCGUUGCAACCACACCCAAACCGGCCCCAAUGCCGGAAGUUGCUGCGACAACUGCGGCUGGUGCUGAAAGGACGUCAGCCUCGGCCAAACCUGCUGUCGCAUCCAUGGCAGGCGCGCCGGGUGCCGCGGCCUCGGCGGCGGCCGCUGCUUCGCCGCCGCGCGGCGAAGUCUUUGGGGUCGACUCGGAGGACGAGGAGUCUGAAAGCACAGGAGUCAGAGAGCUCUGGUGA